AUGCCAACCUUGCCAAUUCCACAAGAGAACAGUGUGGUCACCCCGUCCCAGGCUCAAGUUCACCGAUCCUUCGAGAAUGAGGAGACUGAGGAGCCUCGACGUAUUGAGAUCCCUGGAUUGAAUGAAGGUCCCGUCUGUGAUCUGAACUCCAGCGACACAGAGAUGGACUCCUCUGAGCGCAACAAACUACGUCAAGCACGCUCCAUCCCCAAGGAAUUUGCGGCCAAUUGGGCCAGCAUGCGUGUGAGACCUACAUCUCAUGUGGUUCUUUCUGCCGUUAGUCAAAAUCAGAGCGCUACCCUGGAAGCCGCCUCAACUGGGUCGGUUCAGACUACUGCCGCCACCAUGCCGACAGCUGAUAACGCGACGGCUUCUGAUGUUGUUGCAUCGUUGGCUGAUGAUGACAAGGGUAGGUCGUCAUCUACCAAUGCACCACUCUUCACUUCGGACAUGCGGCCGAAUCACAGUUCCUCGCAGUCUGUGCCAGCCCCAGGUACAAAGGACGGUCCGGCAUCAAAUGAAGGUAUUCUUACACAUUCUCUGAUGGUAUUUCUUUAUGAAAUUUGUUUUUGCAAAGAUCCCCCUGAAUCGUCUCGUUCUCAAAGAUUUAUCGCUUCUCUCCUCACUGUCUCUUCACUCUGGUAGGGCGUGACAGCUAUAAAACAAACUAACACCAUUUGGGACGCAAAGGUCUGUUCGGGUUACCCUGCAAAAUAUUGAAAAUUUGAGUUUUGUCCUCUGCACUUUAUAAACAUUCUUAUCAUUGAAUGACGAAAUAUGUUCAAUUCUUUGAAUCAGAUCAGUAGCUAGUCCUUUUGAUGUUGCCGACCCCUUAAAGUGCCGAACUACCUAUAAGUCGGAUCACCUCCUUCCUUCGAGUCCAGUCAGGUGUUCUGCGGCAUUAGAUUACAGUGUUCCUUUAUUUUUUACUUGAAAGGCAAGCCCGGUGUGGUCUGAGCCACUUCUGCUGGGCUGGGAUACAGACCUUUUGUACUCCAAGAAUGGACAGCCUAUUAGUUGAAGCUUGCUGUAAUCAGUGCGUCACUUGAGUAGCAGUGCUGCACAUUGUCGGAAAUAUAGGCUUCUCGACUUUUACCCAGAAGAAAAAGUUGUUAAACUUUGUGAACUUUGUCAUUCCCAAGUAUUCCGCAACGCCAGGAAGCAAUUAUCUCCUUAACUUUCAAAGCACUUCGUCUUCGGUAAAAAUUUAAGAGAACCACAUACCGCAGGUUUUAUUUGAUAUAGAGGAAUGUCGCGACCGCUUUUCAGGCGUUUCCUAUUGCUCCAUAUGGAGGGAAAAACGAGUUGUGGUACACGACGGCCAGCUACCGGAUGCAGCUUAGAUAGCUGCAAAGUGGGACAUAGGACCAAAUUUUUGAGGCCGUCGGUUUAACACCUCGCAACAGACUGUGCUGCACGAGUACCUUAUUUUCCAAAGUCGAACGUAGGCAUAGUUUUACUUUCUGCGUUGUACCUCCGUUGAUAGAUUCGAACUGACAGUCGCCUGGUAGUCGAAAAAUAAACUGUGACUAACGGCCAACCAAGCUUUUUGGCUAGUCUGGGACUGAAACGGCGAAGUACGUUUUUUUAGUUGAUACGAGCCAAUUUUGCUAGAUGCCACCAAAAGAUCGCAUCUUUUGUGGCCUUUUCUCAUUAUUUUUAUAUGCCUGUCAGCGAUUCUAGCUGCACAAUCUUCUAUUUCAUACCUCCUUAGAUUUUCUGUGUAUGCUCCUGUUUUUACAGGCACACGUACACUUGGUUCGAUGAUGAUUUAGGGGGAAUUGUUUUUUGCCAAUGGGAUCUGCUUGCUCUUGAUUUGCUAAGGGAAAUAAGACCACACACAGACCUUUUGAUCGAAAAUCAACUUGUAAACACAUCAUCUAUGAUUAAUCUACAUGUUUCAGAUAGUGUAACCGAUCACCGUCAUGGAAGCGCUCAUAAGAUGGGCAGAAAAUUCGACACCGCCGCUCGGGAGGAGGAUAUGCUAGCGUUUGCCAACAACUUAAAUAUCAGUACCACUGUCAGCGAGCCACGUUCCAAGCACUCCUCGGCUCAACCGCCGCUGCACCGAUCACACAAAUCUAAGUCGGGUCCUCUGCCAUCGCAGAUGGGUCACCCCAAUGCUCCUCCGGCCCCACCGUCACAGCAGCCCCCUCCACCACCGCCAGACCACUGCAUGCCUAGGCCGCGGGUGGACCGAUAUGGCGACGGUGCUCGAUUUCCUGGUCAUACAUCUACCAGCAGGCCUUCAGGCUCCGGGAUGGCCCCUCAGCCACUCCGCGACUACCCGGGGCCUCGACAACCCGAUGACCCCUGGGGAGGGCCCGGUUAUCCGCCGAUGCGGGAUCAUCUCCCACCCGGCAGGGGCGGGCCCUGGCGCCACGACGGCGGUCACCCGAUGGAGCGCGAUUUCCGCGAUAUACCUCCACGGUCCCCAAUGCCGCCACCAUCUUUUCACGGCCCAGCACAUGACCAGUGGCCUGCCUCUCGGUUUCGAGAAGACCCCGCUGCCGUCUUUCCACCGCCACCUAAGCGCCCUGCCCAUGGCCGCCACAUGGGAGGAUCGUCCAGGCAGGAGAACCCCCAGUGUCGGGAGCCAUGGAAUGAUCUGCCACCACCAGCGCCUCCUUCCCACCGAAGCGGGUGGUAG